AUCUGAAAUGCCAUUGUUGGCAUGGGCUGGCCCUUCACAGAAAUUGAGAAAGACGGGCCGCUGGAAUUUCAGUGAACAGUGAAAUUGAAGAGCACAGAGUGGGUGGGUAAAGGCUGUUUCUGCGAUUUGAAUCGGGAGAAUUUAUAGAUGGACACGACUGAGGUGAACGAGGGGCGGUGAGAAAUGAAGGGAUGCGCCACAAGUCCCGACGUGGAGCCAGCGCUUGCAUGAUGGAAGGAAUGGGUUCUAUCCGUCCAUAACCCAUAAUCAGCAGAGUCUGCGGUCAUCCCGCUCCAGCGAUGCACAGGGGCAACUCCCCGAGCUUCUCUCCUUCUCUCUGUCCAUAUCUGGCCAUCGGUCUUUAAUUAGUAGCCGACGCAGCUGCGUCUUCGUCUUCCCCUUGGCGUAUCACCCCAAACAUUCCCUUUAGAUUUCAAUUUCGAUUUCAUCACCUAUUCGCUCCUUGCCACCCCCUUCAACCUCCGUUUUUUCUCUCCCUCUUGGGCAUUUCAUUGAACACGUAGACCGCAAGGUAGGACAAGCAACAGGGAAGCCUAUCUCCGAUCUCCCGUUGCAUUUCUUUGACACAGAGAGAGUUGGGAAGAUGAGUUUCAGGGAGGAGAAUGAAGAUCUCAGGAAGCCGUUCCUCCACACGGGGAGCUGGUACCGUAUGGGGUCGAGGCAAUCCAGCAUGUUGGGAUCUUCUCAGGCCAUUCGCGACAGCUCCGUCUCUGUCGUCGCCUGCGUCCUCAUCGUCGCCUUGGGUCCUAUCCAGUUUGGCUUCACCUCUGGUUAUUCUUCACCUACCCAAUCGGCCAUUACUAGCGACCUGAACUUGACUGUGUCGGAGUUCUCAUUGUUUGGUUCGCUCUCAAAUGUGGGCGCCAUGGUUGGGGCAAUAGCGAGCGGUCAGAUUGCUGAGUACAUUGGGAGAAAAGGGUCCUUGAUGAUAGCUGCCAUCCCUAAUAUUAUUGGUUGGCUUGCAAUAUCAUUUGCCAAAGAUUACUCAUUUCUUUACAUGGGAAGACUGUUGGAGGGUUUUGGUGUGGGAAUAAUAUCGUACACGGUUCCUGUAUAUAUAGCUGAGAUAGCACCUCAAAACAUGAGAGGCCGCCUUGGUUCUGUUAAUCAGCUCUCUGUAACAAUUGGAAUAAUGCUUGCCUAUCUUCUGGGACUUUUCGUUCAUUGGAGAAUACUUGCAGUGUUGGGAAUAUUGCCAUGUACGAUAUUGAUUCCUGGCUUGUUUUUUAUCCCAGAAUCUCCUCGGUGGCUAGCAAAAAUGGGUAUGACAGAAGAUUUCGAAUCUUCUUUACAAGUUCUUCGGGGUUUUGAUACUGAUAUUUCCAUUGAAGUGAAUGAAAUCAAGCGGUCUGUAGCAUCAACGAGCAGAAGAACUACAAUCCGGUUUGCGGAACUCAAACAAAGAAGAUAUUGGUUUCCUUUGAUGAUAGGAAUUGGAUUACUUCUUCUUCAACAGCUUUCUGGCAUCAAUGGUGUUCUAUUCUAUUCUAGUACAAUUUUUAAAGCUGCUGGAAUUUCAUCAAGUAAUGCCGCUACAUGUGGACUUGGCGCUGUUCAGGUUAUAGCCACUGGAGUUACCACAUCGUUGGUGGAUAGACUAGGUCGUCGACUUCUACUUAUUGUGAGUAUAAGAAAAAUGAUUUUAAUUUUGUCAGUAGGUCAUUAUAUUACUUUGGACUGGAAGAAAUAUGCAGUUCAUUAUGUCGUGUGUCAGGUCUCCUGCUCUGGAAUGACACUGAGCCUCCUAAUUGUUGCAGUUUCAUUCUUUGUAAAGGAUUUUGUAACGAAUGAUUCAACCUUUUAUAGCAUAUUGGGCAUCAUUUCAGUUGUUGGGGUUGUGGCCAUGGUAAUUGCCUUCUCUCUGGGAUUUGGACCUAUUCCAUGGGUUAUAAUGUCUGAGAUUCUUCCCGUCAAUAUUAAGGGCCUUGCUGGAAGCAUUGCCACACUUGCCAACUGGUUUAGUGCUUGGGUGAUUACAAUGACUGCAAACUUUCUCUUAUCUUGGAGCACUGGAGGAACCUUUGCGAUUUACAUGGUUGUGUGUGCUGUCAGUUUGGCGUUCGUGAGUCUUUAUGUCCCCGAGACAAAGGGAAGAACUCUGGAAGAAAUUCAGUGGUCAUUCAGAUAGUUUGUUUUUACAUUUCUUUUCUUUUCCCCUUUCCUCCUGUGCCAUAAAAAUUCAUUUCUGCAACGCCCAGCAGUAUUGUGCAGAUGCAUAUUUGUAUCUUCUUUCUAUUCCUUCAGCCAGCACCUUCCAUUCUUUGGCUUGUAUUGGUAUGCGGCUCCUAAUGCCUUCCAAUGGAAUGAUGCCUUUGUUAUUUCAUUUCAUUUGUUUACUCUCAAACAUUUAAACAGGCAAACAGCUAAUCAUUUGCAUUUGCUUUA